AUGGAACAGUAUUUAAAUUUAGUUUGGAAAAAUUAUACUGCAUCAUUAUCUCAAAAUUCUAAUGAAAAUUCUUUAGAUGAAAAUGAUGAUGCAUCAGAUUUAUUUGUUAAUAAUAAUCUACAUUAUAAUAUUCCAUUUUGGGUUGGUGUUAUUGUAAUCACGCUACUUUUCUUAUCAGCACUCAUUGCGACAAUACGUUAUUGUGUUUAUACUUUAUGUUCAACACAAAAUGAAACAGAAAAAUUGACUUUAAUGCCUCCAAGAUCACCAUGUAUUUCAUCAAGUGCUGUUACUACAAUUCAACGUCAUAAACGUCAAAUACCUGAUUCAAUUUCACAUAAUUUAUCAGACGAUAAUGAAAUUUUAUCGUCAUCAUCUCCUGAACAAUCACAUGGUUAUCAAUCAGAUAUAUCGAUUAUACCAAUAAUUCGUCCGCAUACUCGUUCACAUCUUACUUCUAAACAUAGCCAUCGUACUAAAACUGACAUUAAUAAUCAUAAUUUCGCAUCAAAUAAUAAAAUCACAUUUUCUCAAGUUUCGAAUGAUUUUCAAAAAAAAGUUCAUGAUAUAUAUGUUCUACCUGUUUCACCAGCUCUUUCAUCGACAUCAUCAUCAACAAAUAUAGAUGAAUUAACGAAAACUGGUUCAAAUACAAUGCCCAUUCGAUCACGACGAAAUCUACCACCCACAACAAAUAUUCACAAUGAAUCUAUAUAUCAUGGUAUUAAAAAUGCUUGUUUUACUGAUUCACCACAAAUAAAAAAUCGAACAUUACCAUGGUCACAUACUAGUACAUUACGACAUAUUCAACCACCUCUAGAACCUCCACCACUACCGCCAUCAAUUCCACAAGUACAAUUCAAUGAUAAUAUUAAAUCAUUUGCAAUCGAUUCCAAUUCAGAUACAAUUCAUUUAGGUUUUAAUACCAAUGAAAAAAAUCAAAUAAAAAAAGUUAUACCACCACCUGUACCUUGUCGAUCACAAAAACCAUCAGUAUCAUCAAUUAUGUCUGAAGAAUCAACAAAACAAUCGGACAAAACUGAUUUACAAAUAAUUAUCGAUUCAUCUCCACAAGAUGAUUCUUCGGAACAUACAUGGCCUAAACCACCUGAAUCUAUGUCAACAUCUGAAAUCAUUAGUAGACCAUCAUCAAUAUCUUAUGAUCAUUUAAUACCAACUAUAAUUAUGCAUGAAAAUAGUAUAGGUAAUCUCUUUCAUCAAUAUCGACAUAACGAACAUUCAAUAUUAACAGAAUCAGAAACUUAA